AUGGUUUGGUUUGAAAUUUUACCAUCACUCGUCCUUACUGCAGGACCUCUUCUUCUCGUUGCUGCUCCUGCUAUGUAUAUUAGCAACUAUUUUUUUCUCAACGGCAAAGCACGUGGUCCAAAAAAUAUAAUGAAGGAUGAUCGAGAUUACUAUAUGUACUUGAGAGAUCGACGUAUAACAGGAAAUGAAUAUUAUCCUCGUGGUGUUGAAGCAAUCGAUGAACGUCCCACGUUGGUCAAACUCCGAGCUGGUCAAGAUGUUGGUCGAAGUUGUAUACUUAUUACCAUGGGCGGUAAAAAUAUCAUGCUUGAUUGUGGUCUACAUAUGGGCUUUCAAGACGAUCGUCGAUUUCCAGAUUUUACUGUCAUUUGUAAAGAUGGUCCACUUACACCGUAUAUUCAUUGUGUGAUUGUUAGUCAUUUUCAUUUGGAUCAUUGUGGAGCAUUACCUUAUAUGACAGAAGUUGCUGGUUACAAUGGACCUAUAUACAUGACUUAUCCAACAAAGGCGGUUUGUCCUCUACUUCUGGAAGAUUUUCGUAAACUUAGGACAAACUGUGAAAACUUCGAAAUCAAAGCCUACUAUGCUGGACAUGUUUUGGGCGCGGCUAUGUUUCACAUUCGUGUCGGGCAGCAAACACUUGUCUAUACUGGCGAUUUCAAUACGACGGCAGAUCGUCACCUUGGUUCGGCACAUAUCGAUCGAUGUCGACCAGAUGUUUUAAUUACUGAAUCUACUUAUGGUUCGACUGUCCGUGAUUCUCGUCGAGCACGAGAACGUGAUUUUAUGUCUAAGGUGGUUGAUUGCGUUCGACAUGGUGGCAAAGUUCUUGUACCUGUUUUUGCCGUUGGACGUGCACAAGAACUGUGUAUUUUAUUGGAAACAUAUUUAGAACGAAUGAAUUUGAAUGUACCAAUUUAUUUUGCAUCGGGCCUGUCAGAAAAAGUCAACACGUAUUAUUCAUUAUUCGUAUCAUGGACCAAUGAAAAGAUUCAAUCAACAUUUCAUCAAAAGAAUAUCUUCGAUUUCAAACAUAUUAAACCAUGGGAUCGAUCGUAUGCGGAACAGCCUGGUGCGAUGAUUGUCUUUGCAUCGCCUGGAAUGUUGCAUGCCGGUUAUUCACUUCAUCUCUUCAAAAAAUGGGCUCCCGACGAGAAGAAUAUGAUCAUUAUUCCGGGUUAUUGCGUUGCCAACACCGUUGGCUCGAAAUUAUUACUUGGUCAACGUCGCUUUGUUUUCGAUGGCAAAGAAAUCGAAGCAAAGAUGCAAGUUCAUUAUAUGUCAUUCUCUGCUCAUGCUGACGCCAAAGGCAUUACAAAUCUUAUUCGUCAAUGUCAACCAAGAAAUGUUGUUUUAGUACAUGGCGAAGAUUUAGUAAUGGACUUUCUCCGUGGACGAGUCAUUGACGAAUUGAAAACUCCUUGUUUUAAACCUGCAAAUGGAGAAACAAUCGUCAUCGAAACUCCACAUGGUGUACCAGUUGAUAUUGAACCAGGACUUGUUCAACAACUAAAAGAGGAGACUGCCGAUGUAAAUCGGCCUGCAAAACGAGCAAAAUCCAUGCAAGGAACUUUAAUCAUCAAAGAUGGACGCCUUCGACUUGUACGACCAUCAACAGCAAUGAAUGAAUUAGGACUUGUUCACCAUCUCGUUCAGUUUCAUUCACGUUUUCCAUCAUUGACAAACGUUCGACCAAUUCAACUCGUUGCGUUGGUUCAGUUGCUCGAACGUGAAUUAAAUAGCGGAAACAAUGAAUUGAAACAUCGAAUUACAUUAAUAUCCGACAAUCUCCUUCAUAUCGACAACAAACAACUACGAAUAUCGAUCGAACCUAAUGGUGACAUUGACAUUGCUUGGACUUUGAAUAAUGAAUCAUUAGGUCAACGCGUCAGCUCAUACAUCAAAUCGUUCAUCGAUCAACACAUGGCAACGACAACUACUACUACUAUUAGUGACAGUGCGGCUAGUCCGGAUCCGAUGUGA